GGAUCACUGUGUAGGGAGGGCAGUCAUCACGCCAUCCUGAGCAGCAGGAGCUGACGUUGGACGAAGCUGCCAGGUAGCUGAAAAAAGGCACAGAAGGCAGCUGAUACCCACUUUUCAACGCGUUUUUUUUUUUUUUUUUUCAAGUCUGAAUCUGGACUUCAAGCAACACAGCGCCUGAAACAGCUCAUCUGAACCACACUGUAUUGCAAUACUUGCUCUUCCCAAAGAAAAAGACUCCACUGAGUAGCAGAAUGCUGCCAGUGUCGCAGCUAGGGCUACAAUACAGAGCCUUUUUGUAACAUUUUAGAAUCUCUUUCCGUUCAUAUAUUUAGAAAUACAUACACUCAGAUAUUAGUUCUUCCUUUUUUGAGGGCACCUUUGGCUUCUGUUACCCUGAUGUGACUUCUUCUUCGACUUGGAAUGAUGGGGAUCUUUCUAGCUUAUGUUGGAUUCAUUUUCUUUUCAGUUAUGUAUAUUCAACAAGGACUUUCUACCCAAGCAAAAUUCACUGAAUUUCCCCGAAAUGUCACGGCCACUGAAGGGCAGAAUGUGGAGAUGUCUUGUGCUUUCCAAAGUGGCUCCGCUUCAGUGUACCUUGAAAUCCAGUGGUGGUUUCUGCGGGCGGCUGAGGACCAAGAGGCUGGACCUGAGGUGACAGGCACUCAGGUGGAGCUCUUGCCCGAGCGAGACCUGGACAGCGACGGCACGAAGAUCAGCACAGUGAAAGUACAAGGGAACGACAUCUCCCACAAGCUGCAGAUUUCAAAAGUGAGGAAAAAGGAUGAAGGCUUGUAUGAGUGCAGGGUGACCGAUGCCAACUAUGGAGACCUUCAGGAAUACAAGGCCCAGGCAUUUCUCAAAGUCAACGCUAACAGCCACUCUCGGCGAAUGCAAGCCUUUGAGGCAUCUCCAAUGUGGUUGCAAGACAUGAAACCUCGCAAAAACAUCUCAGCAGCUGUUCCAAGUAGCAUCCAUAACUCUGCCAAUCAGCGUGUGCGUGCCACUUCCAGCCCUGAAGCAGCAGCCAAAAUGCCCAAACAAAGUCCACAAUCAGGUGCGAGGAUAGCUACAAGCCAUGGACUUUCUGUCCUGCUUCUUGUUUGUGGCUUUGUGAAGGGUGCUUUGCUUUAAUCUAAAAGUGCUGACUUUUUCCAAUAUCACUUUCUCUUCUUAAAGCAAAGAGCAAAUCGCCUGUAAAAUCCACGGAGCGGACAGCAAAGUUGACCCUAACCUCCAACCACCACUCUGCACCCAAUGUACUCUAAAUCUCUACACAAGGAGCACCUUCUUCAGGAAGUACAAACAAAAAUACUAAAUAAAUAAAAUAAAUAAAUAUUAUAAAAAGAAGAGGAUACCACAUGGUUUCUUGAUAUAUCUUAUUUUCUUUGGCGUAUCACUGAUCUUUUAUUUGAAGAGAACUGUUGUGAUGUAAUCAAAAGUUUCGUAACAGCAAGACCUAGUUUCCUUUUCUUUCGGCAAGGAGAAGCCUCAUCCUUGACUUCUCAGGGGUUGGCCUGCGAGUCAUCAGUCUUACAGAAUUAACCAUGGAUGACAUUUGGUUUCCGACGCUGAAAGAACCGUUCCAGCCUGGAAGCAAACCGAGGCAAAAUAAUGAGACAAAACAUAUUGAUUUAACAUCGACCCCAAUAAAACACCUCACAAACUUUAUUAAAAAACUUUUUUUUUUUUUUUAUUUUUUUGCAUGAGAAAUAGGGAGGAAAAAAGGAAUUCUACAAAGCAGCUAAGCAGACUAGAGGAUGUUGUUUCUGCCAGACAAAUGAGGAUUUUUUUCUUUAGAGUUCUUUGGGUUUGUUUGGUUUUUCCAUUAUUCUUUUUCCCAUGUGGUUUUUUUCCUGUCUUUUUUGUUUGUUUCUUGUUCAAUGGUGGCAAUUACUGACUUUGGCCAACCCCUGAUGACUGCGUGGAGGUUUAUAUAUAUACAUCUUUUUUUUUGUGUGCGUUCUAUAUUUCAGUGUGUUUUCUCUAAUUUUGCAACUCCUGUAUAUGCAAAACUAACUUAAAUUCUGUAAAUUGCUUACAGUCUGUGUGAUAUAACUUCAGAGUAGACAUACUUUGGUCCUCAUGCAAGCCAGUUUUUAAUAUUAUCUAUAUGUCGUGCCACCGAUCAACAUCUUUAUUUCCUUUUUUGACAAAACACUCUUUAGUUUGUAAUUCAGUACUGUGUGGAUUUUGUAAUACAUACCUUCACUUCCACUGGUUUGAUCCCUUUUAGCUAUCUGUUUACUCUGUAAAUGCAC